AAUUCCAAUCCCCCAGGUUCCCCAACCCCACGAUUUCUCAUUUCCUCUCAGUUCCAGUCGAUCCUUUCCAUUCUACCGUCUCUUCGGUCCGCACCGCACCUGAAAAGCGCAAAGAUUCCGGUGGCGCUUGAACUGAAUCGACGAUGACGGAGGCCUUCAUCAGGAAGAAGCCCGGCAUGGCCAGCGUGAAGGACAUGCCGCUGCUUCAGGACGGUCCUCCUCCCGGCGGAUUCGCCCCCGUGAGGUAUACUCGGAGGAUCCCCACCAAAGGUCCCAGCGCCGUGGCUAUCUUCCUCACUGCCCUGGGCGCUUUCUCCUACGGCCUCUACGAGGUUGGAAAGGGGAACAAGAUCCGCAGGGGCACUCAAAGACGAGAAGUACACUGCUCGGAUGGCCAUUCUACCUCUCCUGCAAGCAGAAGAAGAUGAAAGAUUUUCCAAGGAAUGGAGGAAGUAUCUUGAAUACGAGUCAGAGGUGAUGAAGGAUGUGCCUGGCUGGAAAGUUGGUGAAAGUGUCUACAACUCUGGAAGGUGGAUGCCGCCUGCAAGUGGUGAACUCCGUCCUGAUGUUUGGUGAUUACUUCCUCUGAAAUUCUCUCUGGUUUGUCCCAGUUGAGUCUCUAAUGAUGCAAGUUCCUACUGUCAUUUGAUCUUUGUUCCUUUCUUGUGAAAUAAAGUUGCCAGGAGUGAGAACUUAAUGACGAUGAUGAAAAUACUACCAAUGUGACAGUUGUUUUGCCUAUUUUAUUUCUCAUCAUUCCCUCCCAAACGUUCACAAUGGAUCUUCAAG